UUUGCCAUCUUACAGAUGCAGACACUGUUUUACAACAACUACAGCAAGUCAGACACAGCUUUCACCGGCAGCCUGGAUACGUCGGACGUCCACCAAGCCAUCACCUUACAUCCCAUCAAAAAGACUCCAUACAUGUACCGGCUGCACAACUACCUGCAGUCUACAGCCAUCAUGGACCUGCAGAUGAAGACUAUGCAGCUGUACCGCAGCAUUCUCAAGAUGCGACAGCUCUUGAACGAGGAGGAUGACCAUCGUGGUCAUGACACGGACCCCCAGCUGCAGAGCCUGGGCUUGCAGCCCGGCCUGCUCAAGUAUACCCCCGACAGCCACGAGGACCUCAUACCCUGGAACUUCUUUGGCAAGUAUUGGUAUUCUGCCAACGCCAAUGCUCCACGCCACGGCAUGCUCACCCACCAAACCCAAGCACUGGAUCACAUAGCCAGCCAGGUCAUGGGCAUCAUCAACUCCAACUCUAUGAAGGUGGGACGGACCAUCAACUUCAAGGAGAUCCUGUAUGGCUACUCGCGGGUGGUGCCUCUGUACGGUGUCGACUAUGUGCUAGACUUGCUGCUCAUGUAUCACAAACACAGCAAAAGUAAACGAUUCCCCGUGAGGCGGCAUGCUUAUUUACAACAGUCCUUCGGAAAGCUUGAAAUCAGGGUUGACAAUGGCGAUGCAGAACCCUCGCUCUCUGCCAAGAAAGUCAAGGUGGACAGCAGUGUCGAGAAACUCAAAAACGGGAUCUCCCAAACGUUGUUUGGCAUACAACGCAAUGAGGAUGCGCCAUCAAGCCGGCAUCCUCUCCAACAGAAUAGCAAACACAAAGAAACGAUACAUUUUAUCCUCCCACUUGCCGGAAGGCUAGAAAUCUUGCAGCGCUUCAUGGAAAACUUUGAGAGGAUGUGCUUAAUGCCAGGUGAGAACGUGCAGAUGAUCAUAGUGCUCUUCAGACUUCCUGAAAAUGACCCUUCCGAGGAGAUUGAAAAGCUGAUUGCCAGAUAUUCUAGUAAAUACCCGCAAUCCACGCUAAAGAUCCUGCAUGCAAACGGGGAUUUCUCCCGGGGACUUGCGCUGGAUUUGGGUGCCUCUCAGCUCCCACCGGAUGCUCUGAUGUUCUUUGUGGACGUAGACAUGCAUAUAUCUCCGGGAUUCCUUACCCGGUGUCGGCUGAACACGAUACGGGGUAGACAAGUGUACUACCCAGUUGUUUUUGGCCAGUACAGCCCCGAAGUCACCUACGGGCCUGGCACCAAGCCCGAAUCCAAACUUGCUAUCAGCAAGGAAACCGGGUUCUUCCGACACUACGGUUAUGGACUCGUCUGUCUAUACAACAGUGAUCUGGCCGAAGUAGGUGGGCUGGACUCGUCCAUUAUUGGCUGGGGGAUGGAGGAUGUGGACCUCUACCAAAAAUUUGCCACCAGCAAUGUGACAAUCUUUCGGGCCCCGGACCCCGCGCUCAUCCACAUCUACCACCCAGUCGUGUGUGAUCCCGAACUAGAAUCCAAGCAGUACCAGAUGUGUAUGGGGUCAAAGGUCAACCAAUAUGGAAGCAGUUGGCAUCUUGCCAAGCUGCUGCAGAAGGACAAGCCGAACUCUAGUGAAGAAACCGAAAGCAAAAAUAGAUAACGUUGGCUAAAUUAUUGUAGAUAGUAAAGUAUUUAUAAUGUAGUUUUAUGCAGGGUGCAUUUUACAACCAUUUUCAAAAUGAUCGUGAGUAAUAAUCACGAGACACAAAAAUAAUGCAAGGAGACUUUUGAGACAAACACACUGCAAGCACACCGGUCCUGUUUUAGUGUUUGGUGCCACUUUGGACAUGCGCACAUUAGCUUAAACAUGACCAAAACAGUUGAAAAGGACCAGUGAUGUGUUUGCUGCCAGCAAUCAUCUCAAAAGUCACCCAGGGUAUGUUUUACAGGUACAUUUGUACCGCUGCCCUUUUGUACAGUGUGCAGAGAUAUUUUAUAUUGCAC